AUGUGGGAAGGAGCUACGGGAAGGAGCAUGGGACACAACCACCUCCCCCCUCAUGAUGUGCAUCGACAGCAAUUGAGGCACUUCUGCUACCAGGAGGCCGAGGGUCCCCGAGAGGUUUGUAGCCAACUCCACCAUCUUUGCCACCAGUGGCUGAAGCCAAAAAGGCGCAGCAAGAAGGAGAUGCUGGACCUGGUGAUCCUGGAGCAGUUCCUAGCCGUCCUUCCUCCGGAGAUGCAGACCUGGGUGCAGGAGAGGAUGGCGCAGGACUCUUAUCACAGAGCAGCUUUUCCGGGUGAUACCAUAAAACCAAUGAUACCUUCUUUGCCAUCUCUUUCUGAUGGAGAAAAAGCGGCUUCUGUGCAGCCAGAUCAGAAGGACUUCUGCUUCUCCAACCUGAUUCCAUGUCCCAAGUGGAAGAAGCAGGAGAUCCACUUGUCCAAGACGCAGAAGAAACAGAGAGAUCAGCAGGUAUCUGCCUACUUGUGUGGUGGAAGCGGUGGGGAGAAACCUUAUAAAUGCUUACAGUGUGGAAAGAGCUUUCUUCAGAGUUCAUAUCUUACUGUCCAUCAGCGUAUCCACACUGGUGAGAAACCUUAUAAAUGCUUGCAGUGUGGAAAGAGCUUUGUUCGGAGUUGCUAUCUUACUGUCCAUCAGCGUAUCCACACGGGGGAGAAACCUUAUAAAUGUUUGCAGUGUGGAAAGAGCUGUUCUUCAAGUUCAGAGCUUACUGUCCAUCAGCGUAUCCACACGGGGGAGAAACCUUAUAAAUGCUUGGAGUGUGGAAAGAGCUUUGCUCAAAAUGGACACCUUACUAGACAUCAGCGUAUCCACACAGGGGAGAAACCUUAUAAAUGCUUGCAGUGUGGAAAGAGCUUUGCUUGGUGUUCAGAGCUUACUAUCCACCAGCGUAUCCACACUGGUGAGAAACCUUAUAAAUGCUUGCAGUGUGGAAAGAGCUUUGCUGAGAAUGCAAAGCUUACUGCCCAUCAGCGUAUCCACACGGGGGAGAAACCUUUUAAAUGCUUACAGUGUGAAAAGAGCUUUGUUCAGAAUUCACAUCUUAUUGUCCAUCAGCGUAUCCACACGGGGGAGAAACCUUAUAAUUGCUUGGAGUGUGGAAAGAGCUUUGCUCAGGGAGGACACCUUACUAUUCAUCAGCGUAUCCACACUGUGGAGAAACCUUAUAUAUGCUUGCAGUGA